AUGCAAGAGUUGCAGCAAACAAUCGCAGCGCAGCCGGAACCACCUGUCCCAAAUGGUGAGAGGAACCUACCGCGUAACAUCCCUGCUACGCGCUCUGCUAUCGCUACACCACCAUGUCAAAGGGCAGACUUUGAGAUAAAACCCGGCAUGAUCAAUCUUGUCCAGAGAAAGAUGUUCCAUGGACUGUCAGCUGAGAUACCAAUGGAACACAUUGAAGCUUUUGAAGAGAUAUGCAGUUUCACUCGUGCAAACGGCAUCCCACCCGACUACAUCAAAUGCAUGAUGUUUCCAUUCUCUCUUGCGGACAAGGCUUCACGAUGGCUUAAGUCAUUACCUACAGGUUCCCUAACUUCUUGGGUACAGGUUAGAGCAGCUUUCUUGGGCCACUUCUACACGAAAGCCAAAGCAGCUGCCCUAAGGGACAAGAUCUCCUCCUUCAAGCAACUCGCUAAUGAACCUUUCAAUGAAGCGUGGGAACGGUUCAAUGAUAGCCUCAGAGAGUGUCCUCAUCACGGGUUUGACGAUGACCAUGUCUUAGGAAUCUUCUACGAUGGUGUGGAAUGGGAGUUCCGCAAUGCUCUACACGCAGCGAGCAAUGGAGAUUUCAUGACUCAAACCACAGAAGGAGCUCACGCGCUAUUAGAGAACAUGGCAGCUAGUUCGUCCAACAAAAACGAGGAGACUGACCGUUCCAAGAAGGUGAACAGCAUGGACACUAAGAAGAUUGAUGACCUCGCCGCUAAAGUCGAUCUGCUGCUUAAGAACAAUCAGAAUCAGAUCUAUGUCAUGGAAGAAACCAAUCUGCAACCAGGUACUACAGAUGCUGCAGCAGAAACCGAGACACCUGAAGAAGAUCAGCAAGAGACCUCAAGGAAAUCAGUUCCAAAACCCCCAUACCUUCAUAAUCAGAAUCAGAAUCAGAAUGGGAAGAUGUUCAUCCUCAGCCAAGCUCAGAAUCAAUUUCAGAACAGGCAGAACAAUCCGCAUGCUGCUCCUGCAACUGCGAGCGGUCCGCCAGAUAAGCUGAAAGGAAUGAUGCAACAACUUCUGCAGCGUCAGCAUAUUCAAGGAAAAGCAUUGAACCAGGUUACAACCGAGAUCAAUACUCGGAUGGACAACAUGUUCACAGAAUUAAAUUCCAAAUAUGAUGCUGUAGCAAGCCACAUAAGAAAGAUGGAUGUUCAGAUUGCUCAAACUACUAAAACAAUCAAGAGGCAACAGGGAACACUCCCUGGGAAAACAGACAAGAAUCUCAAGGACUGUAACGCAGUGGAGUUAAGAAGUGGAAGACAUCUCCCAGAUCCUGUCCCCAAAAAGCUCACUGCUAAAGAGAAGGGAAAACAGAAAGAGGGAGAACAACCUAAGGAUGUCUUGGACCACGAACAAGACGCAGAACAGCCAGCUGUGAUAGAACCAGUAGCUCUUACAACAUGUUCCUGCUCGCGUCUACACUCCAAAAGUUCCCUACCCAGUCCCUGCUAA